AGCAACACCCGAAGAAGAAGUGUUGGAGUUUACUUGUUGAAUGACAGCCGAGCAGAAGUUUCUCCUUUAAACACACUUCGGUUUCUCUUCUCGGGAACCAGCGCUCACUCCCCGGAGCAGAGUGCUCUCCUCGGGGAACCAGCUCUCACUCUCCGGAGCAGAGCCUCCGCUUCUCCCCCGACACCGAGACCGAGUCCCGGGACCCAGAACAAGAUGCGGGACCGAACUAAAGAACUGGGGAACAAUGCAGACGCGUCAGACGAGGACGAGGAGGGCAAACCUCUGGUGAUCAAACCGGGAACGUCUUUGGCAAAAGAGGAGAAGGAGAAUGACGCUUUCUUUAAAAAGGUGCAAGAAAUCCACGAAGGUCUCCAACACCUCAAGAGGAUGGUGUCCAACCUGGAGAACAAGCAGAAGGCCGUGCUGGGGGAACCGCUGCCGGAGGAGAGUAUGAAGAAAGAGCUCCAGACUCUUCGAGAGGAGAUCAAAACGUUGGCGACUCAGAUCCACAAGAAGCUCAAGAGUAUUGAACCGAAGAAGGGAGGCGACGACGACGGAAAGUACGUUCCCAUCAACGUUCGGAUGCAGCGGACUCAGCACGGCGUGUUGUCCAAGGAGUUCGUGGAGCUGAUGGGUCACUGCAGCACCAUCCAGUCUCAGUACCGAGACCGCAACGUGGAGCGGAUACGGAGGCAGCUCAAAAUCACUGAGACCAACAUGACGGACGACCAGCUGGAUUCGAUGCUGGAGAGCGGCGAGACGAACGUGUUCAUCAAGAACAUCCUGAUCGACGCUCAGGCCACCAAGCAGGCUCUGAACGAGAUCGAGACCCGGCACGACGAGAUCCUGAAGCUGGAGCAGAGCAUCCGAGACCUGCACGAAAUGUUCCAGUACCUGGCCAUGGAGGUGGAGGCGCAGGGCGAGAUGGUGAACCAAAUCGAAAACAACAUCAAACAGUCGUCCAACUACGUGGAGAAGGCGAAGGAGGACACGACGGCGGCGGUCACGUAUCAGCAGAAAGCUCGCAAGAAGAAGUUGUGGAUCGCGAUCUGUCUGGCCAUCCUCAUCCUCAUCCUCGUCAUCGCUUUGGUCAGCGCCUUCGGCACCUGAACGCCAACCGGCGGGAGCUGCAGAGAGGAAAAGAAAAAGAAAAUCCACUGUAAAUGUCCUGUAAAUAAUUUCAUCCCACUGGACGUUCGGGUGAAUUUAUUGUCGCUCUGCUCGUCGUGUUCGUCUCUAACUCUGUCGAUGUCUUUUUGUUUGUUUUAAAAAGAAGAAAUGUGCUUCCCUCCCCCCCCCCCCCCCCCCUUCCUUCACGACACUUUGAACUGUUACGUCAGCGCCCCGCCACAAUAAAAUAAAGAGGAGCCAAGUGGCCUUGAGCGAAGCACAAUGCAGUAUUGAACUCAGGAAUCGUGUGCGUUUGAUUCUCGUUACAUCGACGUUUCUGGAUGAAUUAAGAGGCGCGAAUAACAAUUUUUAAUUCUUUUUUUUUUUUUUUAAAGGCAGAUAGACUAAUAUAAUUGUACAUAACCUUUGUAUUGCUGGUGAUUAAGACGUUCUUUGUGCAUUCUUUUUCUUUUCUUGUGUGUAAAACUUGAAAAGAUGUUUCAAAACUGCCUUCAUGGAACAAAUGUAAAUAUAUAUUUUCUUUGUGUUUGGUGAAAUAAUCCCGCCCCCUCUUUUCAUUUUACAAGGGCCCCCUCACACUUAUUUGUCCUGUUUGUAUUUAUGAUUUAAAAAGACUAUUUGAAUCCCAAAACGGUGCCUUCUCCUUCACGUCCUUUUGAAUUUGUUUAUAUUUGUUUGACCUCACUCAGCAGUGUUUAUAUUAUAGCCUCAGUCCGACACAUUUAGUAAACAAACGGUUUUUAAAAUGUUUUUAAAAAUAAAAUACCGUCUUGCAUCAUCA